GCGAAAUUUCUUGCUGGAGCCAACUUUUUAUUUCUUCAAUUCCUGCCAAUUGGGCUGAUUUUGACUUCCAUUUUGUGCUUUUGGAAUGACCAGGUAGAGCUUCUUUAGUUUUGGCUGCUACUUCUGAUGAGUUUUGCGUUUGCGAAAUUUUGCAUCGAAUACGGAUCGACAGCUUUUAUUUGACGCUCUUUUGCUAAUUAUUCAUUGAAAUCUCUCUUUAUUUAUUUUUAGGAUGUCGGAAAAGGAGCUGAAACUGGAUUCAAGUGACCCUCCUGCGUACAACCAUGCUAAUGUUUACAGUGCUGAUUUAGAGAAGGGUCUUUGUUUGGAUACACCAAAAGACAUAAAGAACCCUUCCAAUUCAACUUCUGUCAAAGCCAAACAUAGCAAAAAAACGCCCAGGAAUGGAUCACAAAAUUCCAUCGCCUUGAUAAAGAAAAGCUAUGAGGAAGUGUUGAAACAACUUUCCCUUCGCUUUUCUGAUAAUCUUGUCAUUAUUGAUGAAAGCCAGCGUCUACCUUCAACAUUAUUUUUUUCGUUGAUGUGUACAUUAGCAAUUUCAUACUGUUUCAAACUUCUUUCUUGGCUGGAACAAGUAUAUUCGGACGAUAAAUUAAGUUGGGCCCUUCUUGCACCUUUAGGCCCUUUGCUUGUGAUAUGGACAAGCUUGUUUGGUCUAUUUUAUUAUUCUUCUUCAUUCGCUGUCAAAGUAGCAAGAACUAUUGCACAGGUUAUAUUAGGUGUUGCAGUCGUAGUUGCAGUCUUUAUUGGAGGUGUUGCAGUCGUAGUUGCAGUCUUAAUUGGAGGUGUUGCAGUCGUAGUUGCAGUCUUAAUUGGAGGUAUUGGAGCUGCUGGAGUUUUUGUCGUUGGUCUUUUGUGCUGGGGCUUUUAUAACAUUACUGUUUUUGGCCUUGGAAUGGAAUUUAAGCGCUCAGCUGAAAACACCGGUUCGCCUACGCUGCCCAGAUAUCAACAAAGGGAUGAUACACUAGCUCCUCCGCCGACAACUACGAACGAAGAAAUAGAGCUGCAGAGCAAUCCUACCACUCAAAGUUAA